GUUUGUUUUUGGUGUCUGAAUGAGAAUCUCACCGCUGUAUUUUCAGUUUUUUUUUAAAAAAAAUCAGUUCAGGCUGAAUCAGAAUGAUUCACGAGCUGUUGCUGGCGUUAAGCGGAUACCCGGGGACGAUUUUCACGUGGAACAAACGGACGGGUUUGCAGGUGUCUCAGGACCUGCCCUUCCUUCACCCCAGUGAGACCAGUGUCCUCAACCGGCUCUGUAAACUGGGCACUGAUUACAUACGCUUCACAGAGUUCAUAGAACAACACACUGGCCAUGUGCAUCAACAAGAACAUCACACGAACCAGCCCAACCAGACUGGACUGCAUGGAAUUUACUUGCGGGCUUUCUGCACGGGGCUGGACUCUAUGCUGCAGCCGUACAGACAAACUCUGCUGGACCUUGAACAAGAGUUCCUUGGAGAUCCACAUCUGACAAUAUCCCACGUGAAUUAUAAGCUUGAUCAGUUCCAGUUGUUGUUUCCCUCUGUGAUGGUUGUGGUAGAGACGAUUAAAUCACAGAAGAUCCAUGGCUGUCAGAUCCUGGAAACGGUGUACAAGCACAGCUGUGGGGGGCUUCCUCCUGUACGCAUGGCCUUGGAAAAGAUUCUUGCAGUGUGCCAUGGUGUGAUGUACAAGCAGCUAGCAGCUUGGAUGUUGCACGGUUUGCUGCUGGACCAAAGCGAGGAGUUUUUCGUGAAGCAGGGGCCCAGCGGCGGAGGAGCCGCUGCCAACCAGGAGGAGGAUGAGGAGGACCUGGGGCUCGGAGGCCUGAGCGGGAAACAGCUCAGAGAACUACAGGACCUGAGGCUGAUCGAGGAGGAGAACAUGCUGGCUCCGUCUCUGCAGCAGUUCUCUCUGCGAACAGAGAUGCUGCCGUCUUACAUUCCCAUCCGAGUUGCUGAGAAGAUCCUCUUUGUGGGAGAGUCUGUCCAGAUGUUUGAAAACCACAACCACAGCCCAUCCAGAGCAGGCUCCAUACUGAAGCACCAGGAGGACAUAUUUGCUGCUGAGCUGCACAAACUCAAACAGCAGCCUCUUUUCAGCCUGGUGGAUUUUGAAAAUCUCAUUGAUCAUAUCCGGAGCACAGUGGCAGAGCAUCUCUGGACUUUGAUGGUGGAGGAGUCAGAUCUGCUUGAACAGCUCAAGAUCAUAAAAGAUUUCUACUUGCUGGGUCGUGGAGAGCUCUACCAGGUUUUUAUUGACCUUGCGCAGCACAUGUUGAAGACGCCUCCGACAGCCGUCACUGAGCACGAUGUGAAUGUGGCCUUUCAGCAGGCAGCUCAUAAGGUGCUGCUGGACGAUGACAACCUCCUGCCUCUGCUGCACCUCACUGUGGACUAUCAGGGCAAAGACAGCAAAGAGGGGUCAGGCCCCAGAGAUGGAGCCACUCCCCCACAGGACACCUCCCCUCGCGAGGUCCCUCCCACUGGCUGGGCGGCUCUCGGCCUCACCUACAAGGUCCAGUGGCCCCUGCACAUCCUCUUCACCCCUGCUGUCUUAGAGAAGUACAACGUUGUGUUCCGGUACCUGCUGAGUGUGCGGCGGGUGCAGUCGCAGCUGCAGCACUGCUGGGCUCUACAGAUGCAGAGGAAGCACCUCAAGUCCAGCCAGACAGAUGCUGUUAAGUGGAGGCUGCGAAACCACAUGGCGUUCUUGAUCGACAACCUGCAGUACUACUUACAGGUUGAUGUCCUGGAGUCUCAGUUCUCUCAGCUGCUUCAGCAGAUCAACUCCACCAGAGACUUUGAGAGCAUCAGACUGGCUCAUGAUCAUUUCCUCAGCAACCUGCUCGCUCAGUCCUUCAUCCUCCUGAAGCCGGUGUUCCACUGUCUGAAUGAGAUCCUUGAGCUGUGUCAUAAUUUCUGCUCACUGGUCAGUCAGACGGUGGCGUCUCUGGAUGAGAGGGGAACUGCUCAGCUGGACAUCCUGGUCAAGGGCUUCAGACGUCAGUCCUCCUUACUCUUCAAAAUCCUGUCAAGUGUGAGGAAUCAUCAGAUAAACUCUGAUCUGGCUCAGCUGUUACUGCGACUAGACUACAACAAGUACUACACACAGGCUGGAGGAACCCUGGGCAGUGUUUAAGAAGAGGAAAAGGAUUAAGGUUUGGAAACGUCCAUCGAUGUUAAACUCUCACACUGGACACAAGAAAAUAUUGAACAUAACUUCAGACUGAUCCUUAGAAGGUUUAGUUCACCCAAAAUUCUACAAUCACGUUUUCUCACUAACUUGGAUUGGCACCUGGCUCUGCAGAUGGUUUUGGUUUUAUUUUGCAAAGAUGAUCAAAUAUCUGCCUCUGAAACUUCUGCCUUCGCCUCAGUACAACAGAGGAGGAAGAGAGAGCAGCCAGAAUUAGAUUUAAAAAAGAAAACCACAGUAAAUAGUUUUUUUUCUGAAACAAUGACCUCUCAUUGUGAACCUUUGGGUUUUUCUUCCAGCAGAAAGUUGUUCAACUUCGUGUAGUUCCAGUGACAUUUGAUCACAGUGAGUUCUGAUCAUCGAGGCUCAGAAACAUGAAGCUUUCUGUAAAAAGCUUUGAUCAAACUUAACAAACUGAACCAAGCUUCAGCUGCUUCACAUGUAAAGUGAUCAGAGUAAUUAAAGCCAACGCUUAAGAACUGUUUGUAGAUUAAAUGAACUGUUUAUGUAAAAUAGAUUAAUUACAGUUCAGCAUGUCGGGAAAUGUCUUCAUUAGCUUUGUAUCUGUCUGUGAAAUAUGAAGCUCACUCUCAGCAGCAAAGUGAAGAAGCACAUUUCCCAAACAGCUGAACCUCUGACGUACUCAGGUCAAACUUUAUUUAACCUGCUUCACGAAACAAAACUCAGGACAUUGGCUCUGCAGAGACAAGCUGCUGUGGAAUUUGUAGAUGUAAUUUUCCAAAUGCUCUGCAGGUGACAGAGUUCCUCACCGCCCCUGUACUGCGGCGAGGCAGAAACAUGAGACAUGUUUUAACACUUUAGCACAAACAGUCAAAACUAUCUGCCAGGUGAAAAAAGGGUUAGGGAGAAAAUGUUUUUGUGGUUCGGAUGAUCUGAUCCUCUGACUCUGAUCCGAUUCUUCUUGUAUAAAGUGUAAAUACUAAAACCUUGUUGCAUGUACCAUUUCCUGUAGGGAUAAAUAAACUUACAUGCAUUAAAAUGAAACCAGGAU